ACUUUCCUCGAACAAGGUUCCGCCAACCGUCGCAAUGCUGUUGAUGUUCUUGGUGGCCUAUCACCCUACCAACCGUCGUUGGAAUGAUCAUCCAUCACAAUAUGGCCACAGGCGGAUCACUGUGCCCGUCUGGGUAAGAUCUCCGACCCGAAUUUGAUGGUCUAAGACUUGACAACCAGAGAUAAAAGUCGGCCCGAAGGAUCCGGCGAGAGGCGGCCCCCAAAAGGCGAGUGCUUCACCGAUAACAAUUUUUCUUUAUCUUUUGCAGAUCAUUUGCAGAGGACUCGAGCCUGGCAAUCCCCCAAGCAUGCUACACCUCUUAGAUCGCGACACCUCACGUGUACAUUUGCAUGCCAAAUAGAGCUCGGUGUGCGCAAGUCAAUCGCGCACGCGACGUUGCGCAUAACGACCGACGAUUAUCUCCGUAGCUCGCGACCACGCGCGUCUUGCGAUCAACAGAGACCAGGACUAUGGACAUCUCGGCACAAGACCGUGAAGCUCUCCCUGCCGAACCACAAUUUUGGAUUCCUGGAACAGUGCAGCUUCUCAAAAAGAACUCCGAUGGCAGUGGGAAGCUGACGGAAGAAAUCAAACUUAACCCAACGCCGACGACCAGCCCGAAUGACCCAUUGAAUUGGUCGCCCUUGCGCAAAUAUUGGCAUGCGGCCCUCAUCCUGUUUAUUGUCGGCCUGACCGCUGCGACGUCUAACGAUGCCGGAUCCGCUGGAGAUGCGAUCGAUGCGGAACUCGGAAUCGAUUAUUCUGUGCAGAAUACAGCCGCUGGCGUGCUCUUCGUUGCAAUCGGCUACUGGGCGCUCCUAGCUAGCCCGAUGCCAUGGCUUUACGGACGCAGACUGCAGUACAUACUUUGCUUGAUAUUUUCGCUCGUCGGAGCCAUCUGGUUCUCCAAAUUACAGAGUUCGGGCGAUCUCAUCGCCGGCCAACUUUUCGUCGGCGCCUCACAAUCGUGUGCCGAAGCCCUUGCUCAGCUUUCCCUGUCUGAUCUCUUCUUUCAACAUCGACGCGGGACUGUUCUAGGUCUUUACAUUCUGGCAACAUCCGUCGGAACGUUUCUGGGUCCUCUGGUUGGUGGCUUUAUAUCAGUGACGGAUUGGCGAUGGGUCGGCUGGGGUGCUGUCAUCGUGUCGGCGGUCACCCUCGUCGUGUUCUACUUUGGCCUCGAAGAGACGACAUUCAACCGAGAGAUCUUCUUGGGUCGACGCUUAGAAGGCGAAUCGAACACAAAUUCACACACGUCUGUGCCUGAUGGAGAUGAGAAGCCAAAGGGUAUUUCUAGCGGGUCCACAACGAAUGUCAUUUCAGAGUCCUCGCAUAUCGCGAACGUUCCGUACACAUCAGUCGAAGAUCCACCAAAGAGCUAUCGCCAAAGGAUUGCGCUCAUCACGCGCAGUCCAAACACAAGAGGCCUCGGCUUCAAACAGUACUUUAUGCGCAUCUGGCAUACGUUGCGGAUCUUUGCAUUCCCGGCCGUGCUCUUUUCUGGCCUACAGUGGGGUGCACAGGACGCCUGGUUGAGUUUCUAUAUCACUACCCAGGACACCAGCUACUACGAUGACCCCUACAACUAUGGCGACGAAGCAGUGGCGAUCAUGAAUGUGCCCACCUUGAUCGGUGCUGUCAUCGGUUGUAUUUAUGGCGGAUGGUUCAGCGAUAUUUUCGUGAAGUGGUGCGCUAGACGUAGAGGAGGCGUCAGCGAAGCAGAGGAUCGCUUGUGGCUCUUGCUGGCUUCGGCGGUGAUCAACCCAGCUGGUCUCAUGCUUUUCGGGAUCGGGACAGCUAACGGACUCGACUGGCCAGCGACAUAUGUCGGCCUGGGAUUCAUAGGCUUCGGCUGGGGAUGUAGUGGCGAUCUGGCACUCGCCUAUUUGAUGGACGUUUAUCCAGACAUGGUGCUUGAAGGCAUGGUGGGUGUCGCCGUGAUCAACAACAGCCUCGCCUGCAUCUUCACAUUCGUCUGCAGCAUCUGGCUCGACAACUCUGGGACUGCAAAUACCUUCAUUGCCAUUGGAGUGCUAUCGGCGUUCUUUCAGCUGCUUACUAUUCCCAUGUUGAUCUGGGGCAAGGAUUUCCGGCGCUGGACGCUCCCUGGCUACACGAAGUUCUUGUACUUGCGGGAUGGAAUGUGAUAUGUCCUGGACGUUUGUAAAACACAUGAUGCAGCGAUUCUCAUGUGGAGUUGAUCAUGUUUGAUGUUAUCAUGAAUAUAGAUACUGCCCUGGACAAAACAACAAUAUAUAUACAUAUAUAUAUUGGCACGUGCCGAU